AUGGCUGUCGGCAGUCUACCUACCGCCCCAGAGACUUGGGGCCGCUGGCCUCAGCCGCAACACGACGGUGCCGACUUCAUGAUGCAGAACGGCAUGGUUCCUUACGACUGCAGGACAACAACCGCUGCCCAUGUCCCGCGCCCUGACAUGUCCCACCAUUUCCUCCCGGCCACUUUCAACCCAACCCCGAUGCCCACGCCUACCUCUCCUCAGUACCACGCCCCGGCCUCUUAUGGGGUGUACGACCCGUAUGGCGCCCAACCAAUCCUUGAAGCCCCUUUCAAGCCCCAAGAAGCGCUGGAGCGCCUCCAACCCCGGUGUGUGGUGUCCGAGUCAGUGGUUAGCCGAGAAGAGGGCCAAGACGAUGUGAGCGGGCUUCCGUUCGCCAAGCGGAGUUGCAGCCCACAUGUCAAGAGCGAGGCCCCAUCCACUCUACCUAACUCGCCGUCUCCUACGGCUACCGACUCCAAGCCUCGGGCACAAGCAACUCCAGUUCACCAAUUUCACACAGCGAUCGACAAUGUGAUGCGGGUGAUCGAGUCCAAGCGCGAGAUUCUCGGCCCCGCAAACGAAGGGGCUGUGGUUCAGAUGGAAGAGAAGGAGGCGAUCAAGGAGGCACAGGUGCCAAGGACUCGCGGAAAGGCGAAGCGUAAGCGCUUCUGCUGUGACAUUCCUGGGUGCUCCAAGAUGUUCGCUCAAAAGAACAACCUCGACACCCAUCGCCGAUCUCACACGGGCGAAAGCCCAUAUGUCUGCCCUUACUGCCAGCGCCGUUUCACACAAAGCGUGAAUCUCAAGACCCACAUCAACCGCCAUACCGGAGAGCGGCCCUACGAGUGCCCCGACUGCGACAAAUGCUUUCCCCAGCUCUCCAACGUGAAGGCCCAUAUGAAGACACAUGUGAGGAGGGAGUUGCGGGCCGUCUGGGCCCACCAGAACACCUACCACGCCGAGGAGAUCGAUGCAUUCAACAACAAGCUCGCUUCUAUGAAGGACGAGAGUAUGAUUUCCGACGAAGACAAGGAGAUGGCCAAGUACCUGACUGAGGUGCACAACCUUGCCAACAAGGGGAUCAAGGGCCGCGGAAAGGGCCGCAAAGUCAAGCGGGUUAUGCUGGUGCACCCGCCACAGCAGCAGUCAUCCCCAGCUACAAGUCCUAUCAGCACCUCCAGCGAAAACAGCGCUUCCUAUCCGAUGUCUGCUAUUCCCCACUCCUUCUCGCACAUCCAGCUCGCUCAGCAGCACCACCACCAACAGCAACAGCAACAACAGCACUACCAGCACCACCAGAGCACACACUCCAGCCUUCCUUAUUACGGCCCAAGCAACCCGAGUGCAUACAGCAUGAGCAGAGGCCCAAAUAUGCUAUUCGGUUCGCUCAGCAUCAACACCCGGGACCCGUACCACUAUGGUAUGGAUUCGGACCAACUCAGCGACGCGAGCAGUGUGCACGGUUCGACCCCGGUCAUGCACACCUAUGAGGACGAGCAUGGCCGUGAGCUCACUUUCAGUGAACGGCUUUACUAG